CGUGCUGAUGCCAUUGAAAUUGAACUUUUUACGCUAUUGCAUUGUGCAAUUCGGAUACACGACGCGUGCGGCUGUCCGUCGUGGGCAAUCUGGUCGGUGUACGCCAAGUUGCGAAGAACAAACAUUAGCAUUCAAUUCUGAAGCGUGUUACGGAACUCACGAAUUAGAGCGUGAAGACGCGGAGAGCAAAAGCAAAGUCUUGGGCUAGGCGUGCCCAACAACGAAGAGCAAUUAUGACAUCGAAGAUGUUGAUGGCAUCGCUUUUGAUGCACCUGAUGGCUGACAUUUUUCAAGCGCACGCCUUGGAGGAGCCAUCGCCCGAAGUAUUCCUACAGCCGCGGAAUUUCAAUCCGCAUCCGUACGAAUUAGGUUACGAUCCGCGGAGCGGUGAUCGACAGGUCUCGAGGCUACGCGAGUACGCCAACCAAAUCGACGUCUUCGGCGCCGACGAUCGCGGCCCCAUCCUCUUUCCGGCCAACAACCAGCCCGGCGAUAAUCGCGUCACGACCGAUCCGUACGUGGUGGCACAGCUGAAGGACACGCAUCCGUACGCUGGCGUUGCAGCAAAGAAGAAGAAGAAGUACGGCAUUCCGGAGCAAGUAAACCCGCAAGUGUACAAGGCGCUAGCCGCGCAUGGGGCGCGGGUACUCAACGUGCCGCAGGCAAACGAUUUGAAGAACAUUCCCAAUUAUGUUGAGCAUUAUGAUUAUGACGAUGAAACAAAGAAAAACUACGCAUUCUCUUAUAAAGUUGUGGAUCAUUUAACUGGCGAUGACUUCUCUCACAGCCAAUCUCAAGAUUCUCAAGCCACCAACGGGGAGUACCGCGUGAAACUUCCAGACGGACGCGUCCAAAUCGUAUCGUACACAGCCGACAAGAACGGUUACAAAGCGGAUGUGAAAUACUCGGGUAGCAAACACACCGAUGCUGCACAGCCAGUUCACCACCACCGCUUUGCGCCGCAUCCACUGCCACCGCCAGCUCAUCAACACCUGAGCCCAGACGCCCACUCACCCGCCGCCCGUCGAGUGCACGUGCCCUUGUACGCCGAUUCCGUGCUGCACGUCGCCGGCAAUCCCCACGACGGCGGCGUAACGCUGAAAAGCCAUGCGCACGACUUCAUAAAUCAGCACUUAAUUACCGACGAACACAAGCCGGCGUACUACGAAGCCGGCGACGAUCCCGGCGUUCUAUUUAUCCUGUCGGAUAAAUAUCGCGGGGCUGCGGCGGAAAAGGUUCAACUUUUACCUAAUAUUCGCGCACAAAAAGCGCACCACGAGCCGGGGCGAUUUAUCGCGGCCACUUUGGCUCCGUACGUCGUUGCCAACGACGGCGGCGAUGCUGGUGCGCCACUGCUGCACAACGUGCAAGCGCUGUCCACGCUGGCACCGGAUUUGGAUAAGUUUAAUCCGGUUUAUAUCGAUGCGCCAAAGUAUAAACUACCUACGACGAUACACUGAAAAAGAGAAGUUGUAAAAUUAAUAGCGCGCGCUGCCAGCGACCGACCAACAUUCGCUAACUCAAUCUCGAUACCCCAAAUUCCUUUGGUUGUUGGUCAGCGACAGGAUGCGACAGGAUACGAGCAUGUUUAAUGAACCAAACGCUCGUAUUGCAGGAUUUGUACAGCGUACUUGUAUAUAAAUGCACCGAAAAACUUAUUAUUCAGUCAUUUCUCAUAUCACAUAAAUAUUUAUCCUGUUUACUUGCCAUCUA